AUGGAAUUUGCCGUGGGGAAACCCGAUGAUCACACACAAAGCAACCAGGAUUGCUGCCUGUCUUACACCAAAGUGCGCCUGCCUCGGUGGGCCCUGAAGGGUUACACUGAACAGCUCUCCAGUGAAGUCUGCGAUAUCCAUGCCAUCAUUUUCCACACCUACAGAGGGCUGAAGGCCUGUGUAAAUCCUCAGGAAGGCUGGGUGAAGAAGCAUCUUCUUUUCCUGAGCCAUAAGCUCAAGAAGAUGUCAAUGUGA